CUCGUCGUUGGAAAGCCACCUCAGCGUGAAAGCUGCGCUGGCCGUGCACGUGCUCCCAACUUACUGGCGAGCGGGUCGUAGCGGGUCGUCGGGCAAACGCGGCCCCCUCACGUUUGACCCAUUUCAACUUUGGGGAGCUCCGAGAAGCUUCGUCUUCUGAAUUAUUAUCGAUUUGUGAGGAGCUUUGUUGAGCUCCUCCCGGGGACCCGAUGCUAACGGGCCAGCUGAGCAAGCCGCUGCUCUCGCUCAUGCGCGGCGGCAGCGGCGGCGACAUGAGCGCUUUGGAACUCGGCGGGCGGCCGGACGAGCGAGCGGCCGGCAGCCCCGACAGCGAGCUCGACGAGGAGACGGCCCUCCCGCCCGCCGACGGCCCCGAGCGGGACGGCGUUCCCGCCAAACUGUACGGCGCCGGCGACAGUUGCGUCCGGUCGGACUUGGGUGGCAGUCCUUUAGAGCAGAGUCAAGUGGGCCAGUCGCCGCCGGGCUACGCCGCCAUGGGACCGCAGUCGCUGUUGGUGGCCCAGCAGCUGGCCAACGCGGUGGGCGGCGCCAUGUCCGGGGCAGCGGCGGCGGCGGCUGCGGCGGCGGCCAUGAACCAGCCCAUCCUCAUCCCCUUCAACGCCGGUGGGCAUCUGGGCGGCCAGCAGGGCCUGGUCCUGUCACUGCCCGCCAGCAACCUGCCCAGCCUGGUGGCGGCCGCCGCUGCCGGGGGCGUCAUGACGCUGCCCCUGCACAACCUGCAAGCUACCUCAACCCUCAACUCGCAAUUGCAACACCUGCAGCAGCUGCAACAGAUGCACCACCACCACCAGCAGCACCAGCAGCAGCAACAGCACCAGAACCAACAGCAUCACAUGACCCCGCCCGGGCAUCAGCAGUCGUCCGUGCCGUCACCGGGGUCCGCCUGCUCCUCGGCGUCACCGCCGUCGCACCGGCCCAACCAGUCGCCCGCCCGGAGCCUCCCCUCGCCCGUCACCCCGCCCGUCUCUUUGCCGCCGCUGAACCCUCUUGCCAGCCAGGCGGCGGCAGCGGCGGCCAUGGCAGCCGGCUCGCAGGUGUUCGGCAACGCCCUGUCCAACCUGCAAGGAGGCGGCGGGCAGCUGGUGACCAACGCGCAAGGACAGAUCAUCGGAACCAUCCCUCUGAUGGCAAACUCGGCUGGUCCGUGCGGCCAAUCGGGGACCGGCAACGCGACGCUGCAGGUGCCGCCCAUCACGCCGCAGCUGCUGACCAACGCGCAAGGGCAGAUCAUCGCCACGGUGAUCGGCAAUCAGAUCCUGCCCGUCAUCAACACGCAGGGCAUCACGCUGUCGCCCAUCAAGCCCGGCCAGCAGCAGGGUGCGUGCGGCCCAGCUUCCUCCGGCUCCUCCUCCUCGUCCUCCCUGUCGUCUUCGUCCUGCUCAUCGUCGUCCUCGCAGCCCGGCCUGCUCCACCUGGCCCACCGACACAGCCCGCUUCACCGACCCUCCUCUUCCUCCUCCACUUCCCCCUCCUCUUCCUCGGCGCUCAGCGUGGGACAGCUCGUCAGCAAACCUGGCACGGCCCCGAGCGAGGUGGACGGCGUCAACCUGGAGGAGAUUCGCGAGUUCGCCAAAGCCUUCAAGAUCCGCCGCCUGUCGCUGGGCCUGACGCAGACUCAGGUGGGGCAGGCCCUCAGCGCCGCCGAGGGGCCCGCCUACAGCCAGUCCGCCAUCUGCAGACACACCAUCCUGAGAAGCCACUUUUUCCUACCGCAGGAAGCCCAAGAGAGCACGAUAGCUAGCAGUCUGACAGGCAAACUGAACCCUGGCCUUUUAUAUCCUGCCAGGUUUGAGAAGUUGGACAUCACCCCUAAAAGCGCCCAGAAGAUUAAGCCGGUUCUGGAGCGCUGGAUGGCGGAGGCUGAGGCCCGCCACCGCUCGGGCAUGCAGAACCUGAGCGACUUUAUCGGCAGCGAGCCUUCCAAAAAGCGCAAGCGGCGCACCUCGUUCACGCCGCAGGCUUUGGAGAUCCUCAACAGCCACUUUGAGAAGAACACGCACCCGUCGGGACAGGAAAUGACAGAGAUCGCCGAGAAGCUCAACUACGACCGCGAGGUGGUGCGCGUCUGGUUCUGCAACAAGCGCCAGGCGCUCAAGAACACCAUCAAGCGCCUCAAGCAGCCCGACAACGGUGGCUGCGGGGGGGCCGGACUGCCGCCGCCGCCCCCCCCUGGACCUCGCCGACCCGCUCCGUGACAUCCCCAAAUGAAAAUCCCCCGCUCCCAGCCAAAAAACUCAAUGUCGUCGUCGUGAUUCUCACUCAACCAAAAACAAGGCCCGUGAAUGAGAUGUGAGGAGAGAUGUGAGGGGAGAUGCUCGACGGUGCCUCGACUUACGACGCGGCGCUUGGCAGCUUUUUUGCCCGCCAAAAUUGGACUGAAUGACUGUCAGCCUUUUUCACAGCAUCCAAGCAUUUGGAGGACCCACAAAAUUCUAUUAGGACCUAUACGGUGGAGCCCCCCGACCCCCUUUGCGGAGUCACCUAUUCGCUGCCAAACCCAGGUUUUUUUUUUUUUUGUGGUUCAGAGUUAGGGAGCUCGUAAAUCAAGGUACCACUGUACAAACAGGUCAACCAAUUGUGAGAGGCCGGGGGAGAACAUACCAAAUGAAAACACUAUUUACCAAAGUAUGAAAUACUUUUCUAAUGUGCAUUUUUACAUUUGUACCCGCAGACGCGAGGAAGCUAAAAGUGACACUUUUUUUUUUCCUUCUCCCUUCUUUCCGUGUACAUACCGAAUGCCGUGGAGAUCGCAGGCCAAUUCCAUCAGGAUGGCGACGUUAAUCAUCAAGAUGUUUCUUUUUUUGGACUUUGUACAACUUUGACAGCCGUUUCUAAACCACGCGCACGAUGAGGAUGAUCAUGGUGAUGAUGAUGAUGGUGGUGCGUUGCCAAAGCCUGAUAGCCAAAGAACACAAGAGACUUUUUCCAGCUCAAGGACUUUUUCCCGAUCGGCUCACUUUUAACACCAAAAAAAAAAAAAAACAGCCCAAAAAUGACUAAUAAAGCCUAUAGAACAAAACAAAGUCACGUCAAGCCAUGUAAAUGUUUGCAUGUCACGCUUCUCUCUACAUGCGGUAGCAGCCUUGCCCCCUCCCCCUCCUGAAAGCCCCCAAAAUAAGAUGGUCAAGAAAAGCCCUUUAAUGUGAUGACAAGGCUGACUGACCUUUGACCUUUGACUUUACAUAUAUAUAUAAAAAAAUAUAUAUAUGCAGGGUUGAGUGUUUUUGUUCUAUUUUGCUUUUUUUGCAAAGUGGGCCGGACCAAAGCUGUCGACUUGUUAUGCACAUUGUAUAGAAACGUUUUCACCACCUUGACAAUCUUGCCGCCCACCCCCCCAAAAAAAAAAA